AUACAUUAACACAACGGUAGUUGGUAUAAAGAUAUUUACUUAGUUUUUGACGAGAUCACUGACUCUCAAAUAUCUAAGUUAGUAUCUGGUUAGUUUGUCACGGGUCAUUUCCUCAACAUGUAUCAAAAUUCUUAUCUACGAAAUGUUUUGAUAGUGGCGGCUAUUCUUGUUUGUUUUAGUGCAAAUUCGAAUGGGCUAAAAAUAACAGUCUACUACGAAGCAUUGUGUCCAGACAGUGUUAGAUUUAUUGGUCGCCAACUUUACCCCAAAUGGGACCAAAUUAAAGACUAUGUCGACGAGCUGGAAUUUGUACCCUUCGGCAAAGCCAUAUACGUACACCAUGAUGCUGAUAUUGUAAAGCAAGCACCUGAGCGUUACGCAUUCGAUUGCCAACAUGGUCGUAGAGAAUGUCAAGGAAACAAGUACCAGGCUUGUGCACUAUCGCAAAAGAAAGGGAAAGAUGUAGAAGUGCCUUUGGUGUAUUGUAUAAUGAAAAGUAGAGAUCCUUCUUCUUUCGAUAAUGUUGAAGAGUGUGCUAGGAGAUUUGGACUAGAUAUUCCAAAGCUGAAAUCUUGUUCUGACACCAUAGAAGGAGACAGACUUUCAGCUAUCCAUGGAGACCGAACGUUUCAGCUGGAUCCCAAUAUUUCUUUCGUUCCCACAAUUGUCUUUGAUGAUCAGUUCAAACAAGUGGAUCAGUCUCAAGCUUUACGAGAUUUCGUCGCUGUUGUUUGCUCUAAGAUAAAAAAUAAGAGUAAACCAAGUUUAUGUAACGACAAUAAAUUACCGGCUUUAGAUGAUUAUUUUUAUUAGGUAAACAGCAUAAGACUAUUUAAAUCCAAUACAUAUUUAUUUGUAUCGUUUUAUUUUAACCACCAAUCUUUCC